AUUUUGAACCCAAAUUGCAGACUUCCACGUAUCUUGGAGAGAAGAAUCGCGUUCUGGAAGGAACCGCCAUGCUGCCUUCAAAAACACAAUUGCCCGAGGUUGAUGAACAUGUCUUGGGAACCGCAUGGCUUGACAUGCUUGACGGCGAGGAACAAAGGGAGAAGCCCAUGGAUUUAGCGAGCCGUACUUCUUAUUCUCAAUUUGAGGAUUCAAAAACAGGGGCUGCGAGGGAAAUGAAGCAUGUUGGCGAAAAGGAGAACGAGAAGGAGGAGGAUGAGGGGGAGGACGAUUUGGCAGCUCGAGAAAAUGAAAGGCUUAUGAACACAUACGACUCGGAGCAUGCGGUUGUACCCGUGGGAGCCUUGAUGGCGAAGGCGUCAUCAUUAGGAUCCGUGUUUGAGCAGUUUGAUGUUGUCGGACCGGAUGCUGAAGUGGAGCGUGCCAUGGCGUCACCAGCGCCGUACGAAACACCCGGUCAAUCGAGUCUUAGGCCUCGCAGAAGAACUCUGUUGGAAAUGGAGGCAAGAAGAAAUCUUGGCGCAUCUAAUAGGCAGCGAUUUCGUCUUGCAAGGCGAUUAAGUAACAUCUCGGGGGGACGCGUUCCGUUUAACUUCCGCUACAGGGUACUUGAGGUGAAUAUGGCGGACCCGAAAAAUAAAUCCUUCGUGGACGCCUACAAGAAAGGCGUGGCGAAAAAACGAGAGAGUUUCAAGCGGAAGUUUAAGAAAUCCUAUCUGGUUGGCGGUAUUUCGCCGUAA